AUGACUGACGUUCUCGUCUACGUUACCGACGUUCUCCAAAAUAUUCACGAUGGCAACUUAGAAUAUUGCAAAAAUUUAAGAUACCAAGGUCAACCUAAUGCAGAAGUAGAACAGUUUAAUCAAGUUUUGGGGAAAUUGUUGGAACGUCAAAUAUAUUUGGAGAAAGAAGUAGCUUAUUAUAAAUCUUUACUUAAUGAAAAUGAUUCUAUAGUCAUAAUAAAUGACAGAGUUUCAACUACUUCUGAUGAAGAACCUCCUCAAGUAACAACAAAACCUCCAACAGAAAUCUCUAUCUCUCCCAACAAAUAUGAUGCACUUCGUAACCAUAUUAUGUCAUUUCCGCAUAAAACAGCUGACACUUUUGAUUCUGAGAGUGAUCCUGAAACUCCUCCUGCCUUGGAGCAUGACAGACUCUGCCUAGAUUGUCUAAAUCAAUGUACAAAUGUCGCUCUAGCUGUUUCUACCGGUGAUUUCAAACAACGUAUCACUUGUCCUUAUGCUUCCGGUCCAAUGCAAACAUUAAAAGAUGCAAUGAAUCUUAUGGCUGAUACAAUUGAUCACGUCUCUGUCGAACUCAUUCGUAAUGCUCGCGAAGUUGGAGAAGAGGGUAAACUAGGUGUUCAAGCAGAAACUCAAAACAUUGAAGGUGAUUGGAAGGAAAUGAUGGUACACUUGAAUAUGAUGGCUAGUAAUCAUUCUGAACAAGUACGAGAUAUUGCUGAAGUAUGUACCGCAGUAGCUCAUGGUGAUCUAAGUAAAAAGAUAACUGUUGAAGUUAAAGGUGAAACACUUGUAUUAAAGAAUACUAUUAACACUAUGGUUGACCAAUUAAAUUCUUUUGCCUCGGAAGUUACUCGAGUCGCUCAUGAAGUAGGCACUGAGGGUAAACUUGGUGUACAAGCUCAAGUUCAAGGUGUUGGUGGAACGUGGAAACUUUUAACCGAUAACGUCAAUACUAUGGCCGCUAAUUUAACUGCUCAAGUGCGCGAUAUCGCUGAUGUAUCGAAGGCUGUCGCACGAGGGGAUUUAAGUAAAAAGAUUACAGUCGAUGUAAAAGGAGAAAUCUUAGAUCUUAAAAAUACGAUUAAUACUAUGGUUGAUCAAUUACAAACCUUUGCUACAGAAGUAACUCGUGUAUCACUAGAAGUAGGUACUGAGGGUAAACUAGGUGGUCAAGCUAAUAUUAAGAAUGUUGGUGGAAUAUGGAAAGAUCUUACGGACAAUGUAAAUCUCAUGGCAUCCAAUCUAACAGAUCAAGUGCGUGAUAUUGCUACUGUUUGUAAGAGUGUGGCUUGUGGUGAUCUUAGCAAGACUAUAACUGUUGACGUUAAAGGUGAAAUUUUAGAAUUAAAGGUUACCAUAAAUACGAUGGUGGAGCAAUUACGUAUGUUUGCGGCUGAAGUUACGCGAGUCUCUCGAGAAGUGGGAACUGAAGGUAUGCUUGGUGGUCAAGCCGAGGUUCAAGGUGUCGAUGGUACUUGGAAAAUUUUGACUGAUAACGUAAAUACGAUGGCCUCUAAUUUAACGGCUCAGGUGCGCGAUAUUGCUACUGUUUGUAAGAGUGUUGCCUGCGGUGAUCUUAGCAAGAAGAUUACUGUUGACGUUAAAGGAGAAAUUUUAGAUUUAAAAAAUACUAUAAACACUAUGGUUGACCAACUACAAACAUUUGCCAUUGAAGUAACUCGUGUAUCUUUAGAAGUAGGCACGGAAGGAAAAUUAGGUGGUCAAGCUGUUGUUAAAGAUGUUGGUGGUACAUGGAAAGAGCUUACAGAUAAUGUAAAUAUAAUGGCGGCUAAUUUAACUACCCAAGUCCGAUCAAUCGCUGAAGUUACGACUGCAGUAGCAAAAGGAGACCUGAGCAAAAAGAUCAUUGUAGACGUAAAAGGCGAAAUUCUUGAUUUGAAAAAUACAGUCAAUUCCAUGGUAGAUCAACUACGUAUGUUUGCAGCCGAAGUAACUCGUGUUGCACGUGAAGUCGGUACAGAAGGGAUUCUAGGUGGUCAAGCGCAAGUUAAGGACGUUGGUGGAACAUGGAAAGAACUAACAGAUAAUGUUAAUACGAUGGCGAAUAACUUAACAGCUCAAG